UUCUCUUCUCAGUGUUUCUGGCUGAACUGUGGAUGGAGAUGUUGAAGAACUCUCAGCUUCUUACCUCUGUGUUUCCUCUACCGCUCCUCCUCCUCCUUCACCUCCUCCGUGGAGCAGCUGCGAGCUCAGGGUCCGGCUACGACUAUGGCGACCACCCACGCUUCAUUUGCACCCCGGUCCCCGCCGAUGCCGACCCUUCCUGCUUCCCCACAGCAGGUCCAGGCGGAUCAAGCCAUCAAAGUGCACCUCCUGCUGGCUGGAGGGGGGCGAGCGAGGAGGCCAAAGCCACUAUCCUCCACCUGAGGGAGAGCCUGGUGCAGCAGAGAGAGACCAUCCUGGACCAGAGGGAGACCAUUAGGGAGCUGACGGCCAAGCUGGCUCUGUGUGAGGGCUUCAGCCGCGGAGUGACGCCUCACGACGACCACCACGGCUCCGACCUGAACUCCCAUCAUGCAGAGGGGGCCGGCCAUCACCUGUACACAGACGAGAGGCACCAUAGCAACCAGCAGGGUCACCAUGGAAACAACAACUUCCUACCGGACUCACAUCACCAACACCCUGAUGGAGGGCCGCCCUCAGACCGAGGCCACGACAGCUCCAACCAGGGGAAGGAUAAACAUGUGACACCAGGAGGCGUCGCGUCGUCUCAGCAGCAGAUGGAGAGGAUGCUGCAGGCGCUGAAGGAGCGGCUGGAAAACCUGCAGAGGAGGAACACGUCCGCCUCUUUCUCCAGCUCCCUGAAGGAGCUGCUGCAGAGGAAGGUGAGCUCCCUGGAGCAGCAGCUGCACCAUGACAGUGACCACAGAGAUCCUCAUGAUGGCGCUAGUCACCAUGAUGCAGAACACCCAGACGACCACGGUGAAGGACACCGGACUGGUCACCACCGCACGGGCGACCAGAGCUAUCACCAUGACGACAACCACAACAGUGACCAUCAGGAUGGCGGUCAUUAUCACCAUGACGAUGAUGAUGGCGAUCAUCAUCAUCAACACAGUAAUGAAGCAGACAGCCACAGUUACUCACCACACACCACUGGUCUCCACUCCAACAAACUGGACCACGUUCUGGACCAGCUCCAUCUCUCAGGAUCCAGCCAGAAAAGCUCCAGGACUCCUGACUCCUUCCAGCUCAGUUUCCCCAUAAGAACCAACUACAUGUACGGGCAGGUGAAGAGGACGCUGCUGCAGGAGAUCUUCGCUUUUACCUUGUGUCUUUGGAUGAGGACGGACAAGGACCAGAGCAUAGGGACACCCUUCUCCUACUCCGCCCCGGGACAGGCCAACGAGCUGGUCCUCAUUGAGUGGGGGGACAACCCUUUGGAGCUGCUGGUGGACGACAAGGCCGUGACGCUGCCUUUGUCUCUGAGUGACGGACAGAGACACCAUGUCUGUGUGACCUGGUCAACGCGGGACGGACAGUGGGAGGCUUACCAGGACGGAGUCCAGAGAGGAGCAGGGAACAAUCUCUCCCCCUGGCGUCCAAUCAAACCUGGGGGUGUCUUCAUCCUGGGACAAGAACAGGACAUCCUCGGAGGGCGUUUUGACGCCACUCAGUCGUUUGUGGGCGAGAUGUCGGACGUCCACAUGUGGUCACAUGUCCUGAGCGCUACUGAUAUCCACAGCCUGGCUUCCUGCGGCAGCUACCUGAGAGGCGACGUCAUUGCGUGGUCUGACACAGAGGUGGAGCUUCAUGGAGGCGUGUCAAAAAUACCCUUCGACCCCUGUCACUGAGAAGCAUCAGAGAAGAACCAGGACUCCUGGACUGAGCUGGGUCACUUUGACUGACUGGUCAUCGUUCAGCUGUGCUUCCUCCUUUUGAGUAUGAACUUGAUCAUUCACCUGUUGUUUUGUGAGUUGCAAUAAUUCAAGUUCAAAUUAAUUAAGUUUAUAUUCUGAGGUGAAUCAUCAAAGAGGCCAAACUGUGGUACAGUGGUUAGUUCUCUUGCCUUACAGCGACAUCUUUAACAUUCACACAGUAAAUCUGACCGUAAGUGGUUG